AUGAAUGAAUGUACACAAACUGUCUUGAUAGUAUUGCUAAUAUUGCUGUGCACUACAAUAUCUUAUAAAGUAUACUCAACUUUUCUGGAGAAAAAAAGGCUAAAGACAAAAUUACAUAACGAUGAAAGAAUGAAAAAGAUCCGUGAAAAACAAAUAGAGAUAUGGGAGAAAGAAAAUAAAGAUUAUAGGCAAAUAAGUCAAUAUAAAUCUGGAGACAAUGAAACAGAUGAGAGAUGUAACAAGAAUGGACGUGAAGGCUACUCAAAACCGAAAGAUGUACCAGUAAGCAGGCUUAACCCUCAUUUCAGCUAUUUGGCCUCUUACAGACCAUCUGGAUCAAGGAGAAGAAUCUGUAAAAAGUGCUGCAGCAAUUAA